GUUAGCCUGGCCUGCCGCUGCCGCCAUGUUCCAUGGAAGAUGUUAGUAGUGAGUGAAGAGAAGUGUGUGCUAGCAUGGAUAUAAUGUGUCUCCGUAAUCUGUGUGUUCUUUGAAGUGUGUGUUGGAUACAAUUACAUCAAUUCAUGACAAAACAUGUGGAUUACUAAAUCGAGUCAUUGAAUGGUGCUUCACCUUCAAGUCAUCAUGCACUUCAGGAGGAUGUCGUAUGUCGUAGCUGCAGCUCCAUUCAACCGCAGAGACGAACGGCAGUCACCAGCUGCAUUGGCCAAUCGGAAGGCUUCGUGUGUACGCGCGCGGCUCAUUUGAAUUAUUAUCGCGAGUGACGCUAACAAGAACGCGAACGCGAACGCGGACGCGGGUGACUGGUGAAGUGAAACGUGAUUGUGGUCCAUUCAGUGAAUAAUCCAUUCAAUCAUCCACCUGGAUUCAGUGUUGUGUGGCCUACAUGGCUUAUUAUUAACUACGUAAUGCUGGUAGUUAUCAGUUGUGUCUCUCUGCAUCAAGUGUGGAUCAAAAUGUAUUAGUUUACAAUUUGUUUAUUAUCAGUGAUAAUCAAUUUUGAAGUGCUGAAUUAGGUAUUUGAGAAUUUUAUUUAAUUAUUCAUUUGUGUAGGGAUUUUACAUUGAAUUUCCUUUACAACAAAACCAGUGGGAUCCUAUAUUGGAUAAAUUCUAAAGUUUUUAUGAAAAGUGAAUAUUUUCCCGUUAGUUUUCUAGUGAGAUACAGUGUUAUAAAUAAUAAAUAUCUAUUUGAUUUUGAAACCGAGUUAAUAAUAGUGUGAUUUACAAUGUUCAAUCAACAAUGUGAAUAUUGGUUUGAUUUUAGUGUGGAAUAUCAAGGUUGUAGUGGAUGGUUCGUGUAGGAAGUGAAAAUCGGGAAGUUGUUCAGCAAUGAAAAAAGAACCUGCCAAUGCUGGUGCUGUCGGGACCAAAAAGACAGGUGCUGCCGCGGCCGCGGUUCAUCAUACGAAAUCUGCUGCAAAACGUGUUUCUGCAGACGUUGAAGAGAAGAAAAGAAAAGCUGGAAGCAUAAUGACUUCUGCCCCAGCCAAUAUGCCUCUAGCUGUGGUUGUAGUUGAGGUCCAGACUAGUCAAAAUGUGAAGGGUAAGGCGGGUGUUGAGUCAAAGGUCAAGAAAAAGUCAGUGACAUUGAAAACAACAUCAGUUCCUGUUAAGAAGGUGCGUUCACCCUCCCCAAAGAAGAACACAACUGAAGAGUCAAAAACUAAACAAGCAAAGCCUAAAAAAGUCAUCGCAACGCCAAUAAAGACCCCAAAAUUGAAAGCCACCAAGAAAGCAGAUACUAAGAAACCUACAAAGGCGGCUCCCAAAGCGAAAUCUGACAAACUGACAAAGAAACAGAAGUUGGCCCAGGAGAAGCAACAACAGAAGAAACAAGCCACUACCAGUGAAUCUGUUCCAACUAGUCCAAUCACGGUUGUCAUCUCAGAACAAGAUGGUAAUGAUAAAUCGGCCCCUGUUAGUAUCAGCUGUAAAAAGACUUCGUCAAAACCAGCAGCUAAGAAACAAACAAAAUCAGUACAAGCGAAGAAAUCAGGAGUUGCAGCUGGUAAAAUUGGUAAAAGGAAACCUAUCAUUAAGAAAACAGUUGCCAAAGAAAUUGGAAAAGCAUUCAAAAGUGAUUCUGAGAAAAAGAAAGAUACUGACAAAUCUUCUGAUAUGCCAGCUUCUGAUCAGGCUCCAUCUGACAAAAAUGAAGCUAAUCAGCCUCCCAAAAAAGUGACCUCAAAUAAGAAAACCAAGAAUGAUGAUGCUUCUCCCACUCUCGAUUUGGAUUUAUCUUCCACGGCAGUAAUUGAUAAGAGUAAGACGAUUGCAAAAACUGUCAAAUCCAAGGGAGCUGAUAAACCCAAAGCAGUGAAAGCAAAGAAGAAUACAAAGACCACAGAUGAACAAAGUGAGGAGAAUCAGCAUGAAAGUGCUGCUAAUGAUGAAAAUGAGUCAACCGAUACAGCUCCAAAAACAGAAAGUAAGAAAAAGGAGAAACCUGUGAAGGUUGAGAAGAGUAAAGUAGCAUCAGAGAAGAAAACUAUAUCAGAUACAAAAGAAUGUUCGAAGAAAGAAGAAACAAAGACAAAAAAACCUAAAGCAGACUCUAAAUCUAGUAGCAAUCAACAACAAAAGUCAAAAGCUAAAGGUAAAAUAGAUACAGUUGGUAAAACGAAGAAAACUGCAAAAGUUGAAGAGGAAACUGAAAAAGAAUGUGGUGAGAAGAAAAGUGAUGAAGCUUCUGAUCAUAAUGACUCAUCAACCUCUGAUGAACUGCCUUUAGAAGUGAUCAAAAGGCAACAAAAAGCCAAGCCUCAGCCUCAGCCUCAGAAUGAGAAAACUGAGCCAGUUACAAAACCAAGUAUUGCAGUGAAGGAAGAAAAAAUUGCUUAUGAAGAAUGUGUACAAAUCAAGGAAGAAAUAGAUGAUCUCUAUGAUUUCAAAUCAAGUGAUGGAGAUUGCAAAGUCAAAGAUGAAUUGAUCAAGGAAGAAUCAGUUAAGGAAGUAUCUGAAAAGAAAAAUAUAAAAUCAGCCAACAAAGAUGAAUCAUCUGAGAAGGAUGUUAAGAAGAAAGCUGUGAAGAAGCCAGUUGUGAAGACAGGUGCUGUCAAGGCUGGAGUCAAAGGAAAAGCAGCAGGGAAUGCAAAAGCAGCCAAAGCGAAGGCAGCUAAAGUUCCUAGGAAGGCGUCUUCAGAUGAUGAUGAUGACAAAAGUGAUGAUAAUCAAGAAAGCAGUGAUGAUGCUAAGAAGAAUAAGAAACUUAAGAAAACAUCCAGUAAGUCUGGGAGUGACUCUGAGAAGCGUGCUAGACGUAUGAAGCUUUUUGGUUUUUGGAGUGGACCUAAAAAGCAUCGGGUAGCUUCAUUGAAUGCUCUUGCUAAAGUACACUGCCUCUAUGAAAAUGAAAGCAGAGUUAUGGAGAAGGCUAUGAUUGAAAUGUCUGAGACAUCUUCACCUGCACCAAAGCCAUCCGCUGCUAAAGCUAGUGAAGCAAAAGCUAGUAAAGAGAAAGUGGAAACCAAAACGGAAAAAGCUGAGGACUCUCUGGCAACAACCAGAACUCUCAGAUCCAAUCCGGGUUUGAGAAGUGUUGGGCGACACUAUGACAUUCUGAAUGCGUCUUCUACAACUUCCUCAUUCACAUCGUCAGAUGACAGCAGUGAUGGAGCCGAAGAUACAAAGAAACUGCAGUUGCAACCGUCUGUCAAACAGAAGCAACAGAAUCGAGCCAAGAAGCAACAGGAGAAACAGAAAGCUGCUCCAAAAGCGAAGGUCAAACCAAAAACGAUUCUGGUUUCAACUGAUGGAACCUCAGAAGAAGAGGACCAGAAAGACAAGAAAACUGCUGCAUCUAGUUCGUCUUCGUCUAGUGAUAAUCCGGAUAGUUCGAGGAAGGUGAAAAAGCGCAGGAAACGCAAUGAACUGAUGAUGGACUUGAAGGAUAUGGUGGUCAGGAAGAGGAUGGCAAGUUUGAAUGCGUCCGCGAUCUUGGCUGCCAGCUACUCGAUGGAGAAACGGUCGUCCUCGUCUUCGAACACCAGGAAGGAGGACUCUGAAGAGGAUAGCUCGCGCAGCAGUCGGCCCGAACGCAAGAGGAAGUCGAAGACUUCGAGUGACUCGAGUCCGGACAUGGAGGUUGAGGACAGCAGCUGCGAGGAGGAUGUGCUGAUCCGCGGUGGAGGCAGCAAGCAGAAGGUGGCCGUCAUUGUCAACCAGGACACUGACCUCACCAUCACUGGUGUCUAUGUCAACUCGACCACGCGCUCCACCCACCACGAGGGAUUCUGUAGUAUUGCUGGCAUGCAGUACCGAAUCUCCUCCACCAGUCACACCCAAACCGAGGCUACUGCUGUAGCUACCGAGACUGUACUCCAUACUGAUCACCCGGCCUCAGUCCGCGAACCAGCGGUGGUUGCUCAGCCAGGGAAGUCCUACACGCCACUGGGGGCACUUUCCAGUAUGCAGCCCCCCGGCCACGGCCACAGGGGGGGCCCUUCGCCCCUGGCUGGCCCCCGUCGGCCUCCGCCCCCGCACCAUGCCCCCUGCAGCUCCACCAGUGCGUUCAGCGCCCCGCCGGCUCCGCCGCCCCAGGACCCUGCUUAUGUUCAUGGCUACUACCAACCAGCCGGGCCGCUGAUCUCACACCACCAUCACCACCAUUCGACCACCACCACCAGCAGCAGCAGCUCGCAGGCUGUGGCCGCCUCCAAGCUGCCCCCAGCCACCUCCCCGCCCCCAUCCACCUCUGCCUCCGCCCCUCCCGCCUCCGAGACCGACCAGGCUGACUCCGCGGUCGCUUCAUGCUCCUCAUCCCAGAGGACCCAUCCUCCUCCCGACGACCAGAGGAUCAUUCCUCCUGAGGUGGCCUACCGCUACCCUCCCUAUCACGGCUACCAGUACUAUCCAUCUCCACCCGCCAACAUCCAGUACCCCCCACAACCCCAAUCCCACUACCACCAGGAGAUCUGCUACUCAUCUCCCAACCCCUACCCCUCACCUUAUUUCCCAUCCUCGUCGCACAAAUCCGCUCCUUACCCCCCUCCCACCUACCAUCACCGCCGCUAUGUACCUCCCCCUCAAUAUUACUCUCAUCAAGAAUUAUACUCCACUCCCCCUCCCACGCAGAUGAUCGUGCCCCCGGCCGGCGGCAGUUCGUCCUCAGGGUCUGCGCCCCCUCCCACCUCCUCCUCAGCCUCAUCCUACCCGCCACCACCGGAUACGGGUUAUCCGCCUCCACCACCGCCCCCUGCACCCAUGGUGGAUGGAUAUCAUCCGCCGCCCCCCACCUAUCCCUAUCCGGCCUAUAGCACUGGCCCCCCUCCUGCCUGCUAUUCGCAUUCGCCACCUAAUAGACUGGCCUUUAUAGAUGGUCCCACCUACCAGGGUUGUCCUUGUCCAAUGCAGUCCUGUCCAAAAAACGUCUAUACUGGGCCUCUUACUGGUGCCAGUAAGGGGUCGCUAAAAAACCACCAAUCAACCACACCGCUGCCGCCCGUCGCGCUAGCACUGCCGCUGGAGCCGCCAGGGGCGGUGGGGCCGCCGAGUCCCGCCAGGGGGAGUGCAGGGAUGCCGCCGCCUCCGUCACCCGCACUCGCCACCGCGCGCAAUCCCAACCCGCCCGCGCAGUGGAACCAAUCAGAAUCACCGCCUCCCGACACCAAAUCACACUCCGAAACCGGACUGCUAGUGAUCAGUAAAGUGGUGACAGACUCAGUGCUAGGCAUUCCCGAUUCCGAAACAAACUGUGCCGCCGAGACGCUGAUCGCUCUGAAAGAGUCGUCCAUCCUCAUGCCCAAAGUAACCGACGUGAAGAUCGAGGUCGACGAGAUGAUGACCACCACUUACACGCAGCAGGAGAUCGCUGCCGCCGUCGACCUCAGAACCAUGGCCACCAACUGCCGCAAGCGGAGGCGACUCAACGGCUCCAUCGUCGAGGUGCGCAGGCUCAGCACCGAAUCUGUCAAUCUUCCCGAAAACCUGCAGAAAACUCGACCACUAACUGAAGUCCAGGAACGGCUGGUCACCGAUGUUGUCGCCGCCUCGCAGACCAACAUCAAGGAAGUGACACCUGUCAUAACCUCCAUCACAGAAUCCAAGGACGAUGUUGAGAAUCGUCUGCCAACACCUCCUCCACGAUCAGCAUCACCCACAGUACCUGUCCUCCUGCCUCGCAAACAACAGCAACCAACACAACCACAUCACCCACUCACAACAUCAACCAAACGAAAAACGACCGAUGCCGGCUGUCAACCGGCAACAACCACAACUACAUCAACAACCCCCGUAGUCAGUAGUAGUAAGUGCAAAAAACGGAAAGCCGAUAGCAUUGCCGUUGUCAAAGAGACUAAAAAGAAGUGCAAAGUGACAGAACCUCAGCCGGAAGUGGUCAAGUCGGAAAGUGUCGAACCGGAAGUGAAGGCGGGCAAACGGAAAAAUGGCGGCAAAGUUACGGAGAGGCGGAAGUCGACCAGUGCGGAGAGAGCGAUGCCUACAGUCAAGGCAGAACCUGUUUCUGCGCAUGCGUCAACCGAUGUGACGUCACAAGUCUGUGAAGAGGUCCAGGUUUCGCAGCCAAAGAAAGUCUGUCGCGGUAGGAAGUCGUUGGAGAAACCCGCUGCCUCCCUCAAGGGAAAGAAUGUGCCAAAGAAUGCUGCAACCGCUAAAGGAUCUAAGAAGGAUACAUCGCCGAGCCCCACUGCAGCUAAGAAGCAGCAGCAGCAGCAGCAGACCGCCGCUUCAAGCGGAGAAAGCAGCGAGGAGAAGGUUGAGUUUGCAGAACCGCUGCCAGUCGUUUGCAACCCCAAGAAGACGCACCCUGUGUUGAAGUGGUCCAAUGGAUGGUCUUGGGAGGGCACACCCUACAAAGCCAAAGUUUUUCUAACAAGUGAUGAUGUGCCUGUAAUUCGCAAGUGCUACCCGUCAAUGAAGCACAAAGGGGGCGACAUCAUCUGCCCCAGGGACUGUGUUCUACUCAAGUCGGGCAAGAGCAAACUGGAUCUACCGUUUGUUGCCAAAGUAGCUGCUCUCUGGGAAAACCCUGAAGAUGGCGAAAUGAUGAUGUCAUUGCUGUGGUACUACAGACCAGAGCACACCGACCAGGGCAGGAGAGAGGAGGACAAUGUGGAUGAAAUCUUCGCAUCCCGACACAAGGACAUCAACAGCGUCGCCUGCAUUGAAGACAAGUGCUUCGUGCUCACAUUCAAUGAAUACUGCAGAUACCGUAAAAUCGUGAGGCGAUGCGAGGAGGGCUUGACAGCAACCGAGCGAGUGGUUCCAAUGCUGGACGGUUCGGCAUACCCGCGACUGAACCGGCAGCCUCCUGGUCAGGUCGCAUCCGACCUUGUCUUCUUCUGUCGCCGCGUCUACGACUUCCGGCAACGGCGCAUGCUCAAGAACCCCAGCUGAGUCCCUCCUGCACUCAUCCUUCUGCAUCUCCGUCUAAACAAAACCAAAUAUCUAUCGAACACUCUCAUCUACGAGACAUUCAUCUCAUCUAUGAGACAUCUCUCGUAAAUCGGGCCACAAUCGCACCAAAACUGGGAGUGAGCCCGGGUGACUUUAGAACUCUCGAUUUUGUACAAAAGAAUCCAAAAGGUGAGCCUAUCACGAGGAUAGUAUAUAGCUGUAUAAAUCUGUAUACUAUCCUUGAGCCUAUCAGGCCUUGUCUAGAACUGUCGAUUUGAAAAAAGAUCCCAAAAAAUGGGCCCAUCAGACUAGUUCGAUUCUAGGAGAGCCCAAAAGUAUUUUUUGAAAAUCAGAUUCAUCUCCAACUUGAUAAGAUUUGGGGACAGAAUAGAGUGAGUUUUGAAGAGUUCGUAUUGAUUCUAGGAGAGCCCAAAAGUAUUUUUUGAAAAUCAGAUUCAUCUCCAACUUGAUAAGAUUUGGGGACAGAAUAGAGUGAGUCUUGAAAAGUUCGUAUUGAAAUGAUCCUGAAUGAUCUAGAAAGAUCAAGAUCAAGGACCUGAAUAAUCCUUUAUUGAAAAAAGUGGUAUUUAAGCAGCCCAUACCUUGUAUUACUAGGCCGUUUUAAAAAUAUCAGUUAUUUUAAUCAUCAUCAUUGAUUAGAAUUAAUCAUCAUCCUAUGGUAAUUGAUUUUAAAAUGUAUUUCUAUGUGAAAUGCUAUAGAAUUAACUCAUCCUAAUUAUGGGUAGAUUCCGGUUUUAUAUUGUAGAACAGUAUACAAUGCCGUUUUUAUGAUUAACUUGGUUUUCAAUCGAUGAAAAUUCAACUGAUGAAUUAUUUAUUGUUUAUUUUAUCCUAUUGAAUCCAUUAAUGGAUUGAUGCAAAAUAAUACUUUUGAGAUAAGUAUGAACAAACAGUUGCCUUUUGUCAUUACAUUGUAAAGCAUUCCAUUUGUUUAAAAUCUGAAAUGUUUUUUUUUAAAUAAUUGGACUGGUUUCUUGUGUGGAAAUUAUUCUGUUAGAAUUUUACAAAAUAUUUACUUCUAUAUAAACCCAAUAUCUACGAAUGACGUGUUAAAUUUUAUUGAUAUUACUUUUAAUAGAAUGUUUUGAUUUUUCUAUCAUGAAAUUGAUAAUUCCUAGGACAAUAAAUUCAAUAAAACUAGAAUCUAUUUCAGUUCAUUUUUCAAACCAUAAUAAUAAUAAUACAAUGAGUGACUACCUACACAAUUCAAUGUAAAUGUAUUGCAAAUUCAACUACAAGCUUAUCAGUUGUCAAGCUCGUUAGGGAUUAUAUUGAUCAUGUCUCCAUAUUUUUUGUAACUUAUUUUGAAUUUAUUAUCAAUUUUUAAGUGAUUCAUAUCAUGGAUAUGUCAGAUUUCAAAAACACUGUUCUUCUAAGUAGCAGUUCUCUCUCUCUUUCCCACUACUACUACUACUACUUAGUUCUUUUAAUUUGUUGUGAGAAUUUUAACAAUGUUUUGAAAAGUUAUAGAUUUAAUUUAUUAUUCGAGCAGAUCAACAUUUUUUUCAACUGUGAUUUUAUAUUGUUUAUUGAACUUUUACCAAGACGUAUUAAAUGUUUAUCUCUACUGUUCUUAUAUAAUUUCUUGGCGUUUUUAAGAAUGCUUCUCUAACUAUUCUAUUAAUGUUUGAGGAUAUAAAUUGUGUUGGAGUAUCACAUUUCAAAUCAAACCCAUGACAGAUCACUGAACAGACAAAUGCUUUAUGGAAAAGCCUGUAAUCAAGCCAAAUUCUCAAUCAAGCCUAAUUAGAACAAUCAUCCAUGAUAUGAAUAAAUCAAUAACUAAAUGGGCAUUUUAAAACUUUUGAAAAAAUAUAGAAAAAUUACAUUUAUUUAUAAAUAUUUAAGAUUUUAUACAUAUUCAAUGUUUGUAUAUUACUGAUUGAAGUUUAUUUUAAGAGAAAAUAAUAUAUUAUGAAUCGUCUACCUUAUUUAUGUCAUUUUUCACAUUAUUAGUUUCUAAUGUUGUUUGAAGCAAGUUGAUUUUGCUCUUUUCUGUUAUUAAUUUAUUAAACUAUCGUUAGUUUUAUUCGUUUUGUUUUUGUUUGUAUCAUGUAGAUAGAACUUGGUAAUGAGAGGGAUUGUUUAGCAGGACCAAAUUAUGAAAGUGUAUCUUUGUAUGCCGAUAUUGUAUUGUAUUAUGCGGGGAAUCUUAUGUAAAGGAUAAUAUUAGGUAUCGAUGAUUCAGAUUCCAGUAGAUUUGUUGCCGUACUCGCUUUGUAUAUUAUUUUUUUGAGAUAUGUGUGUAUAUGAUUUGAGAAAAUUGUAGUGGAUCUAUGUUUGUAUUUGAAAAAGAAUCUGAAAUUUAUCAGAAUUGAACCAAAGUUUGUGUAUCAGUAUUGCUGGUUUCUGUGUGUAUGUAUAGGAUAAUACCUUCUAUGUGGAAAAUGAUGAAGAGGGCUUCUAGAAUAGUUGGGGUGCUGAUCUAAACUAACUUAUUUAAUUGUAAUGCAAAUCUCCAGCACCUUUGUACCACAUACCCAUCACAGGCACCUAAAUAUUUUGUAAAAAUCCCCAGUACUUAGUUUUUAAUGUGUAUGUCGGUAGAAAAAUGUCUUUGUGUCCCAAGUAGAAAAUUGGUGUUGAACGAGGUGGUAUAUAUAUAUAUUUUUUAUUACAAUGUUAACAUCAUUAUCAACAUGAAUGAUUGAUUUAUAAAUUAUUAAUGAAUGAUACUGAUAUUAUUACUAGAGUGAUAUGUGAAAGAAAUCAAUGUAUAACCAUAUUUAUGUCAUAAAUUGCCUAUGUAUGUUUCAAUGGUGACUCGUGGUGUAAUUAUUAAUGUCAAGUCCAAAUUGUUUUCUCCAUUUGCUGUCAAUGUAAAGUGUUGUGUUGUUGUCACCCAACAGUUGUUUCACAAUGAAAAUGAAGAAGAAAAUCAAAUGAAAUUGGAACACUCGAUAAAAUAAAUUAUAAAGUAGUUAAUUAGAAAGCCUUCAUAUAGGUGCCUUUGCAUGCCUUUUCAAGUGAAGAAAACUGCUUCUCCAAUAGAAGUGAAAGUCGAAACGAACUUUAAACAAAAAUUGGGUGUGUGAAAAGGGUUGGACAGAUUGUGAAUUAUAUAACGAUACAUAAUAUAUUCCAUGUAUUGAAAUAAAUGUUAUCAUCCCUGA